AACAGCUGUCAAAUCCGGCAUUUUUUUUCUUCCAAAAUUUGUUGUUGUUCUUGCUCUUGCAUUCAUUUAAUUGAUUAGAAACAAAAUCAAAGAAAUUUGUGCGAUUACAAUUACGUGUACGAUUUAGUAGUAGUGGGAGCAUAAAUUGUUAAAUUCACAAAAAAAGCAAGAAGUUCAAAAGUACAUUAGACUUCUGUGGGGAAACGUGUCAAACCGGCUGCUGAGGAGUAAUAACUUAAAAUAUUCUAAAAAUUAAAUAAAUAUUCUACCAAAAUGGAGGUUGUUAAGAAAGGAGCUUUGUUUUUAAUGAGUGAAGAAUGUUUUGAUAACUAUUUUCUAGAACACAAUUAUUUUGAUGUUCCUUGCUUUAAGGCUUUACUGAGUAAAAGUUUGGGUUUGGCUAUUAUUGCCGGCUCUUUGUUGGUUAAAGUACCUCAAGUUUUGAAAAUCCUUAAGAAUAAAUCCGGCGAAGGCAUUAAUCUCAUAUCGGUGUUGUUGGAUUUGACCGCCAUUACUUUCCACAUGGCAUACAGUUAUGUCAACGGUUUCCCUUUCAGUUCCUGGGGUGAUAAUACAUUUUUGGCUGCCCAAACUGCCGCCAUUGCUGCUCUCGUCAUGUUCUUUAGUGGCUCUAAAGCUAAAUCUUUGGCUUUCAUUCUUUUCUAUACCAGCUUUGUGUAUGUAUUAUGUUCCGGCAUUACUCCCUUUAAGGUACUAGUCACCGUACAAAGUUGUAAUAUCCCGAUUUUAUUGGUGGGAAAAUUGUCACAAGCCUGGACUAAUUAUAAAAACGGUUCUACCGGCCAGUUGUCGGCAGCCACGGUAUUUUUACUUUUCGCUGGUUCUUUGGCACGCAUUUUCACCUCUAUCCAGGAGACCGGUGACAAGAUGAUGAUCAUUACUUUCUGCGCUUCUUCAUUCGCUAAUGGUGUGAUUGUAAGUCAAAUGUUGUACUAUUGGAAUAAGAGCGACUCUAAGGCUGCUGGUGCCAAGAAGAGUGUUAAGCAAGCUGCUGCCAAGAAGUCAAAGAGCAAGAAAGUCGAUUAAAUUAACUCUGAAGGAGCUAAAAGAAAAACGAGUCGCAUAUAAAAGACUUAUAAGUUAACAGCUAAAUUAAAGUAUAAUUUUAACUGGGUUUUAAUUAAAUCUAAAAAAAACACACAUUUUAUAUUUAUUUUCCAAUAAAAAAUUGAACAUUUCUUGUUAUGAAAGGAAUGUAAAUUU